CCCUCUUCCUGUUUUUGCUCGAUUCCCGUCGUCUUUCCAUCCAAGUUCCCGGCGUUGGUCGUUCUCCAAAUUUGUUAGUGUGAAAUUUAACCGUCUUUCAUCAUCCCUCCCGUCCACUUUUUCCACCUCCCACUCUACCUUCUCUGUUUCUCUCUCUACCUCUUUCUCUUCUACACCUUCCCACCUCAACCUUUCACGCCCCUCUCGCAUCCGCUCCGAAUCCCUUCCUCUUUACCUCUCUCUACACCUCUACUCCAUCCCGUCCCUCCUCACCUCCCCGUUGCCGGGCAUUCUUCUUAUCUCCUCCUCCCCUCCCCGGCACUUUGAUCUACCUACUGUGAGUCUUCUCCUUCGCCCAACGCUUCAACGCAACAACGGAACCUAAGCAUCACCUCCUCGGUUGCCCUUGACCUCCUUGGCAUGGGUGGGGGAGGAAACCGGCAUCAUUCCGACUACGGACUGCAUCCACCACACGCUCUGAGCCCCAGUCUCUGGAUAGUGACUCGAGGUAGCCUCGACUAACACGCUCUGUCUGUACUGUUCAGCUAGAACUCUAGUAUAGACCAUCAGUCCCGUAGCUGAGUGCUUGCCUGCCGCUCAAACCCUCCCAAAAGAAAAGAUUAGACUUUUACUCCUCAAACCUCGUCCCAGCCCUUUCAGUUCCCACCUUCUCGGACAUACAUCAUGUCUGCCAGCCAAGACCCCAUUCCGGCCAACGGUGGCAGCAUCGAGGAGAACCUCGAUCACCUCAAGCUCGAUGACAAUGAGCCUCGCCUCGGUCCCGAUGGCGAGCCUGCCCCCAGAACCGACGAAGAAUACGCCCAGACCACCCUUACUCUGAGAGCUAUCGUGUCUUCCAAGGAAGCUGGUGUGAUCAUCGGCAAGGGCGGCCAGAAUGUUGCCAACCUCCGUGAUGAAACUGGCGUCAAGGCUGGUGUUAGCAAGGUUGUCCAGGGUGUUCAUGACCGCGUCCUGACCAUUACCGGAGGCUGCGAUGCUGUCUCCAAGGCGUACGCUGUUGUCGCUCGCUCCCUUCUCGAAGGCGCCCCGUCUGUUGGCAUGGGUGGCGUCAUCUCUGCCAACGGCACUCAUCCCAUCAAGUUGCUCAUCUCCCACAACCAGAUGGGCACAGUCAUCGGCCGCCAAGGGCUCAAGAUCAAGCACAUCCAGGAUGUCUCGGGCGUUCGCAUGGUUGCGCAGAAGGAGAUGCUACCGCAAUCAACUGAACGCGUAGUUGAGGUGCAGGGUACUCCCGAGGGCAUUCAGCGCGCUGUCUGGGAGAUUUGCAAGUGCCUGGUCGAUGACUGGCAGCGGGGCACCGGCACCGUUUUGUACAACCCUGUUGUCCGCGGCGGUGGCCAACCUCUCGGCGGCGAUCGCAACUAUCCCCAGGAAAGGUCGUACGGUAGCUCUCGUGUCACACGGACUGGCAAUGGUGCCGAUUUCAGCAGCAACAGUGGUGGACGCCCUUACAACCGUCGUUCUGAUUCCGACGCCGCCUCUCGUGGCCCUCCUACCCAUGAUGAGAACGGAGAGGAAAUCCAGACCCAGAACAUCAGCAUCCCCGCUGAUAUGGUUGGCUGCAUCAUUGGACGUCAAGGCAGCAAGAUUAGCGAAAUUCGCAAGGCCUCUGGUGCGCGCAUCUCGAUUGCCAAGGGCCCUCAUGACGAAUCUGGCGAGCGCAUGUUCACCAUUAUGGGCUCCGCCAAGGCCAACGAGACAGCUCUGUACCUCCUCUACGAGAACCUGGAGGCGGAGAAGACGCGCCGCUCUCAGCAAGCUCUGGAGCCUUCCGAGUAGAGUGCGGAGGAAUCAUAUGGCGCGAGGCUGUAGCCAACAAAAACUCUUUUAUUUGCUGAAAGAGUUGAUGGCGGCAGUAUUUCAGUUAUUUGACCACAUUACCCAGGUUGUUUUACAUUAAAGGAAAACGUUCGGCAGCCCCUUGUUAUGAGUCGUCCCGAAAAUGACAGCCCGCAAGGCUCGGAAUUGUGGCAGGAAGCACAACAGGACGACAAUCUCUUGAUCAAAAGCAUAGUCGACGGACCACUUUCGGUUCUCCUUUACGAACUGGGUCAUUCCCUAUCCCGCACUGUAUUCGGCAACACGUCCCUUAUCUCGCCAGUUUUCACACAUUCUUGCCUAGAUAGGCCGCGCAAGCUGGCCUGGGUGGUGGAAAUUUUGGUGUGAGGGCACUCAGACUACAAGCCUUGUCUUUGACUUGGUGUCGUUGUUUGUAUCCCACGAGCCGAUUCCAGCAUCGACAUGGGAUAGUCCAGCGUGUUCGCAGCAGACACCCAUGCGAUUCCUUACACCGUUCAACAUCUUUCCCGCAUCUCACCACCCGAGCCUGUUGGCGUGCUUUUCCAGCAUUCAGCACUACCGCCGAGGCCUCUCCCAUCUCUUACACCAAAUCUUUUUUUACUGCGCUGAUACAUACGACAGUCCUGAGGUGUCCAUGAUCAGGAACUAUAUCAAAGUGCUGGGAUCUAGCCAGAACGUCAACCACCCGUUAAGUGGAGGUUCACACCUGCUUGGUAGUCAGUUAGGCAUAGAUAGCACAAAAACGAAGGGCAAUAAAUGUCGCUCUUUUGGUCCAAUUGUGUUUUUCGCACUUCCCUCUACACUUCACGUAUGUGACUAUGCCUAGGUUUGUCAUGUCCCCCGGUUUCGGCACAUUCUAAUCCAGGGGGAGCUGCCCCUGGAAUCUUACGCUAGACCCCGCAAAAAGGGCAAGUGAAACUGGCGGCGCUAGCGUAGGCCGACCCCUGGUUCCCACCAAAUAAGGUUAGAUAGCGUAAAGCGCAGUGGUGAUUACGGCGCAUGUGCCGGCCAAUCUUGACAGGAUGACAGGGCUGGGCGCACGAAAUGGGGCAUGGAGCUUGAUGGAAAAGCCACCCUGUCCGGAUGACGGAUGUACAUACAAGAACCUCUACGGACAGCGUCUUCCAUGAUUACUGUACAUGAGAUUUCCUCGACCAAC